CUCAAAGUGGUGAAAAAAGUUGUAACAACUUUGUAUUCUUUGUGUGCAACAGGUUUUGCAGUGAUGUCUGGUUUGGCCGUUUUGUGUUUCCUGCUUUUGCAGCCUGGAGUUUAUGGCUUUGGUAUAUAUCCACGUUUCAUAAAUGACUUAUUAUAUAAAGGCUCUUUAAAUCAUCAAGACAUCACAGAGAGAGCAAUCCUUAAUGUCACUGCACAGGUGUGCCGUAGCCUGGCUCUGUCUGAGGGCAAGGACUUCUCCUUUCCUUCUCUUACAGCAACAGCUGUUGCUGAUGCAUGCGGAGCAUCAAAAUCCUCCAAAAGUUUUGUCAAAACCAUCCAGCGGAUGAAGAGUGAGAACUGGCAAACAGAUAUUUACUAUGCUCUGAGCCCAUCUCGUCACUGUGAUAAUGAGAACAUAACAGAAGGACAGAAGCUCAUCACAGAUGGGUUAGAUGUGGUGAAAGCUGCCAACAAGGAGCAAAACUAUGUUUCAGCAACCUCAUAUCUGGGAAGAAUUCUCCACACCUUACAGGAUUUCUACAGUCACAGUAACUGGGUGGAAUUAGGCAACACGUCCCCAAACUCUGAUCUGAUCAGAAAAGCCCCAGUUCAAAACAUAGCAGCCAAAACUAGAGAAACCUGCCGCAGCUGUGAUGGAGACGACUGCAGGAACAAUAUUCUGGAGGACAUCCUAAAGGAGAAAUUACUUACUUCAGGAUAUUUUGGCCUCCCCUUUUCCUCCAAACCCCCAGGAAAAUGCAGCCAUGGAGGGUUUCCUGAUGGAACAGCAGGAAAGGAGCCUAAAGGUGGGAUCAAUAAAGACACUUUUACCUCUGAACAUGGACAUCUUCACAACCAAGCAGCAAGUCUGGCAAUAGCAGCAACCAGUGAACUGCUGGAGGAUGUUCGUAGUGCUGCUGGAGACAGAGAAUUCCUUCAGAUGAUGGGACUUUCCAAAGGAAAACCCCUUUGUUUUUGCGUUGACACGACAGGAAGCAUGGGGGAUGACAUAGAAGCAGUGAAGACUGUCACAUCAUCUAUAAUUGACAGCAAAUUGGGAACAGAAGACGAACCCUCAGUUUACAUUCUGGUUCCCUUCAAUGAUCCAGAUUUUGGGCCUCUGAUUCGGACAACAGACCCAAAUGUUUUCAAAAAGGAAAUCAACUCACUUACGCCAAAUGGGGGUGGAGACGCACCAGAAAUGAGUCUUUCUGGUCUUCAGCUGGCCUUAACUGGUGCGCCUCCUAAUUCUGAGAUCUACGUUUUUACGGAUGCUGCAGCUAAAGACGAAUACCUGAGAAACCCAGUGAUAGCACUCAUAGAGCAGACCAAGUCUGUGGUGAAUUUCAUGAUCACUAAUAUAUUUCUGACUCGUCGUCGAAGACAAGCAGACAACAACCAACAACAAAGUGUUAGGAUGGCGAGAGCAGAUGGUCAGCUUUACAGAGACCUGGCUCAGGCUUCAGGAGGUCAGGCUGUGGAGGUCACAAAAGGCCAGCUGCUCGAGGCCCUCAGUGUCCUGACAGAAUCAACCAGCUCCGCUCAAGUUGUCCUUCUGCAAGCAGCCAGGAACCCUGGGAAGGCUGAAAAUUACACUUUUACAGUUGAUGAGUCAGUACGAAACGCGACCAUUUACAUCACCGGGGCUUCUGUUGGUUUUACUCUCAUCAGUCCGUCAGGUGUGAUUCAAAGUAGUGCCGACACUACAGGAUCUUCAACAUUUUCAUACCAGUCUGUUGGAAACCUGCAGACGCUGCAGUUAAAAACAGAGCCUGGAGUGUGGGAAAUCAGAAUAGAGUCAACAAUUCCCUACAGUCUGAAGGUUGUGGGAGAGAGCUCCAUUGACUUCAUCUUUGACUUUAUUGAAGAGUCAAACGGUCUAUUUGGAGGGUUUAAACUGAUCGAGAAUCGUCCCACAGCUGGUAGCAAUGCCAGUCUGCUGGUGACACUGAUUGGGAGCGAAGUCGCUACAGUGACAGAGGUCACACUGGUUGAAUCGUCUGGUUCAGGUCAGGUUAACGGCACCGUGGAGCCCCAGGGUGGAGGGGAAUAUUUUGUUCGCUUUGACAGGAUCCCAUCAGUUGAGUUUGUUGUACUUGUAAAGGGGCAAAACAACAACGGUAUCUCCAGAGCGUCUUCAGGGAUCUUCCAAAGGCAGUCCACCACCAGCCUGAGAGCCUCAGUUCUCACGGUUUCUGUUGAUCAGUUAGAUACGGUCUUUGAGCCAGGAACAUCAAAAUCAGUUCCUUUCUCUGUGACGACAACUGGUGGCGGUGGAAGCUUCACCAUCCAAGCUACCAAUGACAAAGGCUUUACAUCAUCAUUCCCAUCCAGUUUAUCACUGGAUGCUGAAGGUAGUGCUAAUGCUACAGUGAACAUCACAGCUCCUGCCAACACCCCAUCCGGUACUGUCAUAACUCUGACCAUUGAGGCUGUGGCUCCAGAAGGUGCAGACACCAACUAUGCUGUGCUGCGUCUGAGCGUCCUUACAACAGUGACUGAUUUCACUCAGCCAGUGUGUGAGCUACUCAGCCUGCAGUCCAACUGCUCUGACAACUGCAGCCAGUCCAUGUGGGAGCUCUCUGUCCAGGUCACAGACGAAGUUAACGGGACGGGUUUGGACAGUGUCCGUCUCAGAGAAGGCAACGGCACUUUGAACAUCAGCACAGCAGCUGACAAUGAGAAUGCAACUCUAGUGUCUUAUGUAGCUUCCUGCUGCUCCCCUGACGUGGAGCUGGUGGCUGUAGAUCAAGUAGGCAAUGCGGAAAUCUGUAGAUACUCUGUUCGCAGAAACGUCAGUCCAGCUGCAACAGCUGCAACUCAGGAUGCUACAACCAGCAGCCCUGUGACACCAGCUGUUACAUCUUUCUCUACAAGAGUUGAUCUCUCAAUUUUUCUCUGCUUUUGCUUCACAGUUCUGAGCUUUUUGGCACAGCCUCUGAGCCUGUGAUAAUCUGAAUGGCUAAAAUUUACAAAAGGGUUUUCUGGUGAAGGAAAUCAAUACUAUAUGCCCCCUGGUGGUAGGUUACAUACUCUAACCCUAAUACAAGACAAUAGAACAUAUUUGGAAGCUGAAUAAAAUGUAAGCACUGCGUUCGAACAUUAUGGAUAGCUUUAAGGAAGGUUUGCUGUUGGUGAAGGUUAAACUCUGUUAACUGAGUUUUAGUGACAACUUAAUAUCUUUGAAAUUAUUUUUUUCUAAAGCUGAACAUAAAUCUUUGAGGUAUUCUUUAAUUUCUCCUAUGUAAUCAGGUGUUUUGAAGGGGUGUAAGACCUACCAGGUUUUUACUAAAGAUUUGUUUAGUAAAAAACACACACACACACACA